UGUAACACUUUCACUUUCAUCUAUCAGGAAGAAGCAGCGUUUAAAAGUGUUGAGCCAGGUGAAGGAAGAAGAGGACUGUCAAAAUGUCGGACAACGAGACGCCCAUGGAGGUUGACAACCCGCAGCCUCUAACCCCUCACGAUAAGUCUGCUAAGAAUAAAGAUGAAGUUCAAGUCAGUCUCUUAAUGAAGGGGUUAGAGGAGGUUCAACCGCAAAAAUGUGUAAGAGAACUGCAGAAACUUCUUCAGAGUUGGGUGAACAUCAAAAGCAACUUUAAAAGAGACAUCUCUGUUUUAAGUGUCACCGAUAAUGGGACUAAGGCUGUGAUAAAUCUUUCACCUGCUUCAGCUGUGGAUGAGUUUCAGAAACUGAGUGGACAAACACUAACCAGCAAAUGCAAGAACCACACAGUCACAAUACAGUCUGUUGCGUUGACACCACCAGAGCAGAAGACACGAAUGUCAGAGGACGCUUCACUGAACUUCACUCCUUCAUUCAUGUCAGAGGCACAACAUGAGCAAGAGCACCUGGCAAAGCUGACUAGGGCAGUUUCUACAGCAGGAGAGGAGACAUGCACUUGUCCUGUCCCAGUGGACCAUUUCUGGUACGUGAACAACAUCUACAAGGAAGAAAUUAAACGUAUAGAGAAAGAAAAUAGAGUUAAAAUCACAGCAGAAGUAAAUGUGACAUUUCAAGUAGACCAGGAAGAUGGAAACUCACAAAAAGCUCUCUCUGAGUUCACAAGCCUCGUCCAGAAGUGCUUAAUUGAAUUAAAUGGCCCACCUAUUUCUCUCAAAAAUGCAUAUGAAGAGGAGUUGAAAAACGUGCUGAAAAUCGCCCAGACAAAAGAAAACAAGCUUUUGCUUACUGUGUCCUCUGGAAAUAUGACCGCAUGGGGACCAACACCAAUUCAAGAAGCCAUCAGAAAGUCCUUGACUCCAUCAACAAAUACCAGCCCGUCUGGUGGAGAGUCUACGUGGGAGUUUCUAGACGCACCACUGAACGUUGGCUUGAGCAUCAAAGACCCUCUCGUCAAUGCUGGACUAACCAUGGAGGAGAGCUCCUGGAAGCUGUUGACUACUUCCUUCAAUGAGCAAGUGACUAAGAUCGAAUCUAAGUUUGGUGUAAACUUUAAAGAAUCAGAGAUCAGUCCAGGCAAAGUCAAAGUCAUAGCUUGCUACAACAAACCUGGAGGAAACAUCUCAAUGGAGAGCCAUGCUGUCAGAGCUCUGCUUCAUCUGUAUCAGAAGAGUGUCACAACACCCAUGAGCUGUACCCAACACCAGGGCGCCACUGGGUUCACUGGCUCAAUGUCAGAAGGCGCCUCUGGUGGACAUGCGUUGAAUGGAAAAUCAGGAGACAGCACUGACACAACAACAGGGGAGGGAGCAACAGCAGAAAAUGACAAAGAUGAAAAAUGUCCUAUAUGCAUGGAGAAAUUUACCGAAAAGAAACAGCUCAAGUGUAAACAUGAGUUUUGUGAGGAAUGCCUGGCCAAGUCAGAGAAAGCCAUGGGACCCAUCUGUCCUGUAUGCAGAGAUGUCUUUGGUAUGAUGAAGGGAGACCAGCCAGAUGGACACAUGAAAUGGCUGUUUUGUCCCUUAUCCCUUCCUGGAUUCUCAGGCUGCGGCACUAUAACCAUUCACUAUGAGAUGUUCAGUGGAAAACAGACGCUAAAGCAUCCAAAUCCUGGAGAGCAUUAUACUGGUAUAAGAAGAACAGCAUAUCUGCCAGACAAUGCAGAGGGAAACGAAGUGCUGCGCCUGUUGAAGAAAGCGUUUGACCAGAAGCUCAUUUUCACUGUUGGAACGUCCAGAACGUCUGGGAUGGACAACCAGGUGACCUGGAACGACAUUCACCACAAGACCAACACUACAGGAGGACCAGAGUGUUUUGGGUAUCCUGAUCCUAGCUACCUGAGCAGAGUCAAGGAGGAGCUGAAGGCUAAAGGCAUCGAGUGAAGACUUCGAUACAAAGUGGCUGAGGAGAGUUGUUUUAUCACAAAAGAA